UACACAAACACCGGAAAUAGAUGAAGGGAUAUAAAAUCGCUAUGCAAGAGAUGUUACUGCAGCACAUAUCAUCCGCGUUCUAGAGUUCUACCACGUCUGAAGUGCAUCGUCCCAAGGUGGUCACUCGUGAUCGUGCCGGUUCAUCAUAACUUAUCUUAAGGAAGUGUUGAUCCGAUACGCAAGCGCCCUAUACUAUACAUCACUUGAAGAUGACGCUCCUCUACCUGGUCCUCUUACUCAUCCCGGCCUGUGUCAUGGGUGAGUCGUCCUGUGACCGACUGAAAUUGGUAAGCAGAGCGGAGUGGGGCGCACAGACACCCCGGGCCCGCACACCGCUAUCCCACCCCACACAGAAGGUUGUGAUCCACCACAGCGACAGCUACUGGAGACACCUGUCCAACUGGGGAGGGUACAGUGAUCAGGACGAGUACAUGGACAGAGUGAGGGAGAUCCAGCAGGAACACAUGGGCAAAGGCUGGGACGACAUCGGCUACAACUUUCUCAUCGACGGGUACGGCAACGUGUACGAGGGGCGCGGAUGGGACAAUACGGGAGCUCAUGCACCCUGUUGUAACUCCAUCUCCAUCGGCAUCAACUUCCUCGGGUACUUUGAAGACGAACUGCCGACAAGAGAAGCCCUGGCGGCCGGGAAGGACCUGGUACGGUGCGGGAAUGAGUUGGGGAAGAUCGGGCCCGGAUGGGACUUCGGUGUGAACUGCCACUCCGAUCUCGGGGCGGCCAGCGGGGACACGGUCUGCCCCGGUGCAGCUCUCUGCGACUACGCUAGGAGGCACUUCCCAUUCCCAUAUGAUGUAGAAUGAAUGAAUGAAUGAAUGAACUUUAUUGCACGGCAUUUGUACAUGGUACAAUUGUAAGGCAACAGUAAUAAAUCAAUUAAUACAAUGAUACUCGUCUAAGGUCUACAACUACAUACAUGUAUAGUACAGGAAUGUGAACAUAAAUGGCGUAUUAACAAAGUGUAUGAUGUAGGCGAAGUUCAAUAUUUCUGUGGUGACUACUAGUACUAGCUGUCCUUCAAAUAGCCACUGGGCACGUGUAACCAUUAUAAGUUUAGUUCUUAUUCUUCUCAAACGAAGUCUGUUGGAUCCAUCAUACAAUUAUGAUAAUUGAAUGUACUAGUACCACGACGUCGUUGAGCAUUCUGUUCAUUUCGUUGAGUACAUGUAUUUCCGUUUAAAGUCUCGUCUAUGAUCUUACAUAGUAUACAUACUGAAAGUCUGGGCAUCGUUUGUUUGAGCAUUUCUGCACCACGUGAACCAUGCAGUCGGAUGUGACAUACUGACAACAAAAGAGCCGCCAACCUUAUUUUCAGGACACACGAGAAACUGAUCGACUGGCUAGUGCGGGUUUAGAUACGAGUGACUGGUCCGUUGAAGCUUCAUGUCGCAACUGAAACACCUGUUGUUGUUGUUGUUCUGGAGACUUUUCCCGUCUCUUCAUGUCACGCAAAUUUCAUCAUAUUUUUUCACAAAGAACCGGUACCUCCUCUGAUGUAUCAUCACAGUUAGCUAAAUAUUCCAUUCUGUAUAGCACGAUAUCACAUUUCUCCUCAAAGGGCAACUCACAAUAAUUUUUUUGGGAGGUGGCUCUAUUGUAAAGCCUUGGUCUUCCGGUUCCUGUGACUGUAUGGAAGCACAUGUACUCAUGUGUCAUUUACAUAUGCCGUUCUCGAUUUCAUUCAAAAUAAAGAAAAAAUUACGUCAAUUGUC